AUGGAGGUAAAACCAUUACUUUUGUCUGAGGAACUUCCACACGGUGUACCGCCCAAAGUCACUGUGACGAAUCCUCGCAGCGCACACACCUUGUUUGACAAUGAGUCCCUGCAGUACGUCCCACGCAGUGUUGUGCGCAUGUGGGGAGAGCGUGAUUUCCUCAUUGUGCUUGGCAUCCCGUCCAUUGAGAUGGAUGUGAGGCGGAGGCGCCGUUACCUGCAGCGUACGUCGUGCUGGCGGUUCCCCGGUGUGGCGACGAGAGCAAACAACUUCACCGGCGCGAUGCUGGUGCUGUACGUGUUUGGGCGGC